CGGCCCCCGCGGGCCCCGGCCUCCCGAGUCGCAGCCGCCGCCCCGCCCCCGAGAGACAUGACUUCCAAGGCGCAUUCCGACUGGAUUCCCUACAGGCGUGCGCCCGGAGGACGUCCACGGGUCAGUUCACACACUGAGAGCACACAUUCCUGGAGACAGGCCUUCCGAACUAAAGCAGAGGCUGCUCAUACAUCCCCACACCCUGCACGGCUCCAUACCCGCCCGCUGCUUCUGGGGCUCGCACAGGUGCGCUCCUGCCUGGCUUUGCCUCGCCGCAGCCUAUAUUUGGAGACCGCCUGCCACCUACUACCCACACGCAGCGUCUUAGAUGACGAGGGCAGCAACCUGAGGCAGCAGAAGCUUGACCGGCAGCGGGCCCUGCUGGAGCAGAAACAGAAGAAGAAGCGCCAGGAGCCCCUGAUGGUGCAGGCCAACGCCGACGGGCGGCCUCGGAGCCGGCGGGCCCGGCAGUCGGAGGAGCAGGCCCCCCUGGUGGAGUCCUACCUCAGCAGCAGUGGCAGCACCAGCUACCAAGUUCAAGAGGCCGACUCGCUGGCCGGUGUGACGCCGGGAGCCGCCCGCCCCGCGGCAGCACCAGCCUCAGCCCAGAGAGCCCGGGAGGCCGCGGCUGUGGGGGGCCAGGGCGGGGCCCCCAGGAAGGAGAAGAAGGGCAAGCACAAAGGCACCGGCAGGCCAGCAGCACUGGCAGAAGACAAGUCUGAGGCCCGAGGCCCCGUGCAGAUCCUGACUGUGGGCCAGUCGGACCACGCCCGGGACGCGGGGGAGACAGCCGCAGGUGGGGGCCCACGGCCCAGCGGGCAGGACAUCUGUGCCACGAUGCAGAGGAAGGGCGUCUCCGGCAGCACGAGCCUGGACGAGGAGGAGGAGGAGGACGAGAGCAGCUCCAGCUCCUCCCAGCUGAACAGCAACACCCGCCCCAGCUCCGCCACGAGCAGGAAGUCCACCAAGGAGGCAGCCUCAGCCCCCAGCCCCACAGGCCCGGAGCCGUCGGCGGAUGUCGAGGUCCAGGACCCGGAGGAGUUUGCGCUGAGGCCGGCCCCCCAGGGGGUCACAGUCAAGUGCCGCAUCACGCGGGACAAGAAGGGCAUGGACCGGGGCAUGUACCCCACCUACUUCCUGCACCUGGACCGCGAGGACGGGAAGAAGGUGUUCCUCCUGGCGGGAAGGAAGAGAAAGAAGAGCAAAACCUCCAAUUACCUCAUCUCUGUGGACCCGACAGACCUGUCGCGAGGAGGGGACAGCUACAUCGGGAAGCUGCGGUCCAACCUCAUGGGCACCAAGUUCACCGUCUACGACAACGGCGUCAACCCUCAGAAGGCGACGUCGUCCGCUCUGGAGAGCGGCCCCUUGCGCCAGGAGCUGGCGGCCGUGUGCUACGAAACGAACGUUCUAGGCUUCAAGGGGCCGCGGAAGAUGAGCGUCAUCGUCCCAGGCAUGACCAUGGUCCACGAGAGGGUCUCCAUCCGGCCCCGCAACGAGCGCGAGACGCUGCUGGCACGCUGGCAGAGCAAGAACACCGAGAGCAUCAUCGAGCUGCUGAACAAGACGCCCGUCUGGAACGACGACACGCAGUCCUACGUGCUCAACUUCCACGGGCGCGUCACCCAGGCCUCGGUGAAGAACUUCCAGAUCAUCCACGGCAACGACCCGGACUACAUCGUGAUGCAGUUUGGCCGCGUGGCUGAGGAUGUGUUCACCAUGGACUACAACUACCCGCUGUGCGCGCUGCAGGCCUUCGCCAUUGCCCUGUCCAGCUUCGACAGCAAGCUGGCCUGCGAGUAGCGGUCGCCUCGGGCUGCUUGGAGCUGCGCGGCCUGGAGAGGAGCUGCCCGCCUGCCGAGCCCUGUACAUAGGCCUCCUGCCAGAUGCACUUUGGCUCUCGGCGGGCUCCUGGCCCCGGCCGUGCAGGAGCGGCUGCUGAGACAGAGGACUGGGGGGGUGGGGAUGAAGGGACCAGCACCAACUUUGUGCCCCAAGGUCCGCGCCCCCCAACUCCUGGGUUAGCAUCCUGCUGCUGUCACGUUUUGCCGCAGGGCGGCCUCUGCAGCCAGGGAGCAGGAGGAGGCAUGGGGGGCAAGCAAACAGUGCGGGGCCGUUGUGGCCCAGCCACCCACUCAGCACGAGUCUGAUGACAACGGGCCCCCUCGGGGAGGGCCGCAGUGAGUGUGUGUGAGAGCAUGAGCGCGUCAGCUCAGCGGAGUGGAGGGCUCGGGGGCCCUCGUGCUGCACAGCGUCUCAGCCUGCGAGGAGGUGUGGCGGGACCUCGUCAGGGUUGCAGGGGCCCGGCUGUGGCUGCGGGAAUUGGCUGCCGGUCUAGGGUUCGAGCUCGAUUGCCUUUCCUAGGAUUUCUGUGUACACAGAGGCGGCAGGAGGCCGGCCCCCAAGGCCGGGUGGCUUAAGAGGACGGGGCCUGGAGGACCCAGGCUCAGCACGAGGGCACGCGGAGCAGGGCCGUCCCGGAGCCCUGUCAGCUGUCCCAGGAGCUCCCUGCUGAGCUGAGCAGUCCCUACACAGACCCCUGGGGACCUGGAACCCAGCCCCGACUGCACACAGGUAGGCUUGUGCCUGUGCCCCAGCUGCCUCUCCGGGCGGCCGCGGCCGCAGCCCCUGAGGGCGUGUGCGUGGUUCUUCUCGGGGACAUGGCAGGGUGGGGGAGCAGGUGAGGGCAGGAUGCAUGGAGGUCAUCCAGAAAUCGGGGCUUGUCCUGGUCACCUGGCUGGCUGGCGGCAGAGCUGGGGACUUCAGCUGCCUUGCCUGCCCGGCCCCCCCAUCCCCUAAGAAACUGCUCUCCCCCGGCCAUCCUGGGCCUGAGCGCAGGAUCAGAGCAAUGCUGAGAGGUGAUGACACCGCUGCUGUGCAGCGGGAAAGGGGCAGCGCCCUGCUGCGAGCUGCCUGCUCCGGCCGGCCGUGUCUGAGCACGUGUGUGGCUCGCCUGCUCCGAGGACUUGGGCCCCCUCGCGUGUCUGUGGUUUACGCUGGCGAGGGCCCCUUGCCCAGACGGAGAGGAGGAGUCGUUCUUUACGGCCGAGCAGCAGCGGUGUUUGGAAAGAGCACACGGAGGCUGGUGUCUUGAACGUGUUGGUGGGGCUCGGAUCGAGAUGAGGAAGGCGGGAGCUCGGCGGGAGCUGUGUUGGCUGGUCCCUGUGUGAGCUUAGGGCAGGGUCGCCCGCACCAGGGGCACAGGUCGCGGGGCCCCUCUGGAGCCCUGGGUUUUGUUAGCGUGGUCGAGUAUUUGGACGGCUCUUGGCCCGGGGCCUUUCUGAGGGGCUGGCGCCGCCCGCUUCCCCCCGAAACGGAGACGCGGUGGGGCUGCUGCCUCCGCCCGACGCCGAGAAGCGGGCUGUGGACACUGGGAGUGAUGGGAACCAGGCCCUCUCUCCGCUCGAGUCCCGCUGGCUUCCUGGGUCUGUGAUUUGGAGGUGGAACAGCUACUUCUGGCUCCUCGGGAGAAGGGCGGUCUUGGGGGCAGUGGGACACCCCUCCGCGGCACAGGGGACCUGUCCCCCGCUUUCUGUGCGGCUGCACAGGAGGGGGCAGGUGGAUGUUUUGGUGGCUCAGCAACGCCACCCUCUGCGGGGCACAGUCGGGUCACUUCCUCGAGACCCCGCUUCACGAGGUCUGUUCCUAAGACCCCGCUUCUGCUGAUGCUGGCUUUCCUUGACUGCUGGCCUCACAGCCGUGGGCCCAGAGACUCGUAAAGCUGCUGGGACCCUGGAGACCUCGUGGGCUCAGUGUCUCCCAGCUCUUGCCCUUUGCAUCGUCCAGUCAGAUGGGCCUGGUCAGGCUGGGGACUUUGGUGACAGAACGAGCAGGCCCCAGGCUGUGAGGUAGCUGGGCCCUCAGGCAGCUCCUCUGUAACUGCUCCUGGCUCCAACUCCUCCUGGGGCUGUACCCCCAAACCCUGUUCCCUCUGCCCCAAAGCAGCUCGACCGAGCAGUGGCGUUCCCAUCCCCAACUCUUCUCCGGUUAUGGCUUUUCUUUCCUUCUGGCUCCAAGGUGCUCUGGGUGUGUCUGUCCGUGUGUCUUUGUGUCUUUGGGACAAAGCGCAGUCUGAACGAUCUACUGAGGUUUCCGGUUCCGAGCGUUGCUGAGGACGAGCAGGGGCGGGCUGAGGAUGGCGUCGUGAUCGCCUGUGCAUCCCAUUUCGUUCGUCCGUUUCAUCUCUCGGAGCGGGAGGCACCUGGGAAAGAACCAACUCUUUCCCAAGGUUCUGAUUGGGAAGUCAUGGUCCAAAACAUUCGUUUUUUGGUUCCUGCUCUGCAUUACCUUUAGAAAUUGGUGUGGCUUUGGGAUGCAAUGUGUGCUUUCGGGUGAGUCUGAACAUAUUCUAGUUGAAUGUGCCUUAAAAAUCCAAGACCCUAAUUCAGAAGGCGCAUGAAGGCCCAGGCCACGCCGAAGCCAGGAGCGUGGCAGUCACAGGCGCGAAGAGGGCCUCUGGAGCCCUCCAGGGACAGGAGAGGAACACAGCGGUGGACGCAGGCGUCUGUCUUUGCUCUGGAAGUGGCAGGCCCUCUCUCUCUGAACCAGUGUCGCGUGUAUCUAGAGGCAGGUCUGACGUGGCUGAGCCACAGGGACCGCUGGGAACUAGGCUGCCCGUGCGCGCCUUGCAGCGAGGUCCGCUGGCGAGGGCGAGGCCGGGCUGGCCGUGGCCCGGCUCUGUUAGGCCAGCACAAAGCCCGUCUCCUGCAGGGCGUCCCUGCUCCCCUUGCUGCUGUGACACUGACCGGGCGCUGCCCGGCUGAGACGGCCUGCUGACUUCAGGGCACCCGGUGGCCCUCAGAGCACACUUUUCCAGGCAGCCAAACGCGUCUGCUUUCUUCGGGCGCCCAGCACUGGGGCCGACUCCCUGGCACGGCCCUGGGCUGCCCCGGGAACAGGCCGCAGACCGGGCUCUUGAAAGAGUUCCGUGGUCGCUUGUCCCUCCGUACCUCCAGUCUGCAGUUUUUCUGUCACCUCGGGAUGUGGGCAGGCAGGGAGAUCAGAACCCUGGGGCCAGGUUUGGUUUUUCUUCCAGCCGAGCUGCGAGGCACGUCAGCCUUACAGAAAACACCACCACGCUUAGGAAGUGUGUCAUUUUGAGCAAACCACAUAGUUUUUCUAGGUCUGCUUUCUCGUCUCCAAGGUGAGCAGGUUGGCCGCUGACGGCUUGCAGCAGGACUCGGGGUAAGGGAACGGAUCCCGGCUCCCACCACCUGCCAGCUCCUCGCUGUGCCGUUUUUGUUUGUUUGCUAAUAAAGGACAUCACAGCCCUCUCCUCUGCUGUCCCCCCACCUCCCCAUCAGGCUCCGGGCAGCGCGCACGAUGAGGCCAGGAUCCAGCGCCUCAGGGGGUGACGGGGGCCGAGCAGGGAAGGCGGGCUCUGGCCUCUCUAGUCCCUCGUUGGGUGAAACUUCCUGGGCUGGGGCGCCCCUUUAGCCAGUUUCCGAAACGCCCAGAAUGUGUGUGUCAGUUUGCACAAGACUGUCUUUGCCCAUUUUGGUCAGACGUUUUAUUUUUGUUCAAAAUUAAUUAUCUGGAGUUUUAGACAAACUUGCAAAACUGUGCUUUUAUUAAGUGACUUUUUGAAUAAACUUUGGAAUUCCGGAGCAAACCUAUUCCUCUAGUGGUACGUGCGAGGACGCCGGGGUCUGUCCCCAGGCCGCUCUACGGGCGUGGUGGCACCCAGUGUGGGUCGGGUACAGACCCUGUGUCAACAAAUUAAACUCGAACAGUUUCAA